AUGAGACUUCUUCUUCUUCUUCUCCUUGCAACGAUUUCAAUGUCUGCCGCUGUAAAUGAGUUUGAACUAACACUCAAACAACAGAGCACUUUAUGACGGCACACUUCACAACUUGCUAAACUUUUUGUUCGUGGACACUGCAACGUACGCAGGCGUCGGUGAAAAACUUGAAUUCAAUUUUGGAAAGUGCCGUGAGAACCGUGCGAAGAAGCUCAUCUCGGGACAUGGAUAUUUCAUCGCUGAACAUGGAAAAGGAGUGUGGGAGAACUUGUACUAUCUUCCACGUAGCAACGGCGAGUAUCUGUUCCUUCCACGUGCUUAGAUGUGUGGGAUUGAUGGACGCGAUAUUUGAUUUUUUGAAAUUAUUAAGUUCUGUUCUACAGAAUUUUCAAUA